UUGCGUUAGAGCUUAAAUCAUCUACCAAUAUCUGAAUAGAAGAAAACUAAGUAUAACAAUGACAGACAGCGGCAGUCUAAGUGGAAAAAGGUGUGCUCUUGUGACAGGAGGAGGCAGAGGAAUCGGCUUUAAGAUAUGCAGAAAGCUUGCUGAAAAUGAAAUCAGAGUGAUAUUAACAGAUAGAAAACAGAAAGAUGCAAUAGAAGCUGUGGAAAAACUAAAACUUUCUGGGAAUUUAGAUGUUGUUUCUCAUCAACUGGACGUAAAAGAUUCUGCAAGUAUUGCAGCAGUAGCAAACUAUGUCAAAAGCAAUUUCGGAAAACUUGACAUUCUGGUGAAUAAUGCAGGAGCCUCUGGACUGGUUAUUGCAAAGCCUCAAGAGCUGAGGUCCUUUAAAGAUGGAGCAGGAUUUUUGGAGGUGAUCGAUGAGCAUGCACAUUUAUUAGAAGGAAUUCUUGAAGAGAACUACGAAUUGGCAGAAGAUUGUCUCAGAACAAACUACUAUGGAACAAAAGCGGUGACUACUGAGCUGCUGCCUCUGCUUCAACUCUCCAAUUCAGCAAGAAUAGUGAAUGUAUCAUCAAAUUAUGGCGAACUAAAGUGGAUUUACAAUGAGAAGGUGAAGGCGGAGUUGAAUAAUGUGGAGACUUUAACAGAGGAAAAGAUUGAUGAGAUCAUAAAGUGGUUUCUGAAGGUUUACAAGGAAAACAACUGGAAGGCCAAUGGUUGGCCUAUUGUAGUGUCACCUUAUAAAAUUUCGAAAGCAGCUGUCAGUGCCUACACUAGACUCCUGGCAAGAAAAUAUCCCGAUAUGCUUAUUAAUUGUGUUCAUCCUGGCUACUGCAAGACAGAGAUUACAAGUGAAUCAGGACCCUUAACUCCUGAGGAAGGUGCCAGAGCUCCCGUAAUGCUGGCACUGUUGCCAAAUGAUGGUCCUUCAGGCAUCUACUUUGCAGAGAUGCAACCAUCAACCUUCUAAUAACCAAAUUCUGCUGCCUUCUAUUAUAGUGCUUGCUAUAAAGUUGUUGUGUAUCAGCGCUCAACUUGUGUUGUACAAGUUUCAGAAUAAACUUUGGUGUUGAAAUAUAGCAUAAGAUCCAUUUAGGGCCUUCCUCUAACAUCUUAAGGUUUUAAAUGGACCGGUUCUCCUAAAAUCUUAAGGUUUUAGAUAAACUGGUUCUCAACAUGGUAUCAGAGCACAAACAAGUGGAUGUUAUGUGCACAAGUACAAAACAUGUUCUGAGAACUAGUUCUCAUUUGAAUCAGGCCUUAUAUUUGUAUCUUUAGUGCAUAUGUUAAUAUAUGAUACUUUUUCGACCUA